UCGUUAGGUUUUUAGGUCAAGUUUUUCAACUUUCAACUUCCAAAGUUCAAGCCCUUGAGGCAUAAACCCUGAAUUAGGGGUUUAGAACAACUCCUCCUCCUUCUCUUCACUCUAUCAACACCCAAGGCCACCAUAAACUCCCGGCAGCCGUCGGCACAUUCACCGCACACAUCGCUAACAAUGUCUCUAAUCGCCGGCUCAUAUGAAAAAUUCAUCUGGGGCUACAAACUCCGACAAUCCAACCCCACCUCAUCCGACCAAACCCUAACCCUAAACCCCCAAUUCUCCUACGCCGCCCAUCUUUCCCCCAUCAAAUCCGUCGCCGUCUCCGGCGUAGUCGCCGCCUCUUCCGCCGGCGACGACACCGUCAAACUCUACGACCUCGCAACUUCCUCCGAACUCGGCUCUCUCCUUCUCGAAACUUCCGUUACUUCUCUCUCCUUCUUCACCCCUCCUUCUCUCUCCUCUUUCCCUCGCAAUCUCUUCGCUGCUGCCGAUGACGGGUCCUUCUCCAUUUUCGAUGUUGACCCUUUUGUUCUUCUCAAGACGAUUCAGGUUCAUAAGAAGGGGAUUAAUGAUUUGUGUGUUCAUCCUUCUGGGAAAUUGGGUUUGUCUGUUGGAAGAGAUUCUUGCUUGGCAAUGGUUAAUUUGGUUAGAGGAAGGAGGAGUUUCAUAUGUAGGUUAGAGAAGGAAGCUAACAUUGUUGAGUAUUGUUCUGGUGGGGGUAGGUUUUUUAUGGUUUCUGAUGGGAAAAUUAGUCUUCAUGAGGCUGAAGAUGCCAAGAUUGUUGGGGAAUUUGAGAGUGCUAAGCGUGUUCUUUGUGCUGCCCCUGGCGAGAAUGGACUUAUUUUUACUGGUGGGGAAGACCGUGCACUCACAGCAUGGGACACAGUUAGCGGGAAGGUUGCCUACAGCAUAGAGGAUGCGCACAAGUCCCGUGUAAAAGGAAUUGUUGUGCUCUCUAGGGAUGGAAAUUCUGGUGCUACUGAAAAUCCUUAUUUAUUGGCUUCUGCAUCUUCAGAUGGAGUGAUCCGUGUCUGGGAUGUACGUGCUACCAACAAAGAAAAGUCAAAGCCAUUGUCUGAGGCCAAUACAAAGUCACGACUAACAUGUCUAGCUGGAUCAUUAAAAAUCUUUGAAAAAAUCACAGUUGACAAAAGAUUCUCCUGAGAAUGCUGUAGAAAUGGAAGAAUCAUAGUGUGGCAUAAUGGGGAGCUGAUUAACUUUGCUACUUUAUAAGUCUAAACUUGUGUAAGUAUUAUAUAAUCUGUAGAGCUGCAGAACAUGAUCAGAUGUGCUCAUCAAUCCAAUUUUGAGUGGAAACAAUUAUAGCAUUCGGAAUAUUGCAUUUAGAUAAAUUUUUGGUUUUGUUUUAGAGCUCUUUUAGAGUUUUAGUUUAAAUGCUGCAGCUUAGUUAUAGAAUGUAUGUCUUUCUUAGCAAUAGCUGCUUUGAUAAAAUCUUAUGAUUCUGUAAUUGAAUUGUCAAUUUAUGGACGAAGUGCUUGAUAGUUGAUACUUUGUUGGUCAAACCGUGUUCCUUAGAUCUUAUCAAUUAGCAUGACUGGAUUAUUUUGUAUAAUACUGAAUCAUGAAAUCAAUUGUUGUUUUUCAA